AUGAUGUUCCGCAAGCUCAUUCCGGCUAUCGCGGCCUUGAUCGCGGCACUCCCGCCGGUCAAUGGUCAGGCCGUCCGCUUCAACAACCCGGAAGGGGUUGACAUUUGGUGCGGAAAGGCGUAUCGCGCAACAAACUCUUCCUUUGACCCAGGUGGAUGGUUCCCCGAGCCAGCCAUCUCCAGCGUUCCCCUUCUGCGACUCAAGGUGCGACCGCGGCUGAGCAUCUAUCUUGAGACCGACUCUUCAGCAAACCUACUCAUCGACGCCGCCGUUUCGAACCAGGUCGGCUCUCCGCUGCCCGUCGGCUAUGGAUCGAACUACACCAAUUCGACAUCCAAGCCGUUGACAGUUGAGAUUUUGCUGGGAGAAGAUGUCCUUGCGACCGAAGAAGUUGCGCUCGGAUCUCGCGAUAACGAAGUUGCUCUCCCGCUAGACUCGCUCACUCCGCGUAUGGAGGCGUACAACAUCACGAUCCGAACAAAGUUGGACUCUUUGCAUGUGUACGAAGGCUGGACCGAGUUUCCGUAUCUUCCGUACCCCGAGGACUACGGUAGCGUGUCGCGUAUCGAUAACCUGUACGGCGGACUUCUCGCGCAACGAGGCAAGGAUGCUGAUUGGGACCUCAUCUUCGCAUACACCUACUACACACAAUGGACCUUGUACUGGAACGACAGCGUCGACACCCUCAACGAGUUCGCCGCCAUGGGCUACAACGUAAUCCACAUUGUGCCCACAGGCAGCCUCGGCGAGAUCCCCUUCCCCUGGGACGAAUUCGAGCCCUACCUCCAGCGGGCCGACGAGCUGGGCCUCUACCUGCGCUACGACGUCCUAUGGACCUGGCCGAACCUCACAAACAUGGUCGACCAGGUCACCCGGCUGCGCACUCACCCGUCCAUCCUGCUGUGGUACCAGAGCGACGAGGCCGACGGCAAGGCGAACCCGGCCAACUCCACGGGGAUGGCGUACGAGCAGAUCAAGGCGAUUGACCCGUACCACCCGGUCUCCCUCGCGCUCAACUGCUGGGACUUUCACUACGCCGAGUACGGCGCCGGCGCGGAUAUCAUCAUGAGCGACGUUUACCCCGUCGCCAUCAACGCGACGUUUUCGACAGUGUAUGGCACCGAGUGUAAUGCCACGUACGGGUGCUGCGGUUGCGACGACUGCGAGGGUAAUUUUGAGGAUAUCUCUGUGCGACUGGACGAGUUCUACCGUAGAGAUGAGAUCCUGGGAUGGCAGAAGACGCAGUGGUUUGCACCGCAGGCAUUUGGCAACGAGACCUUUUGGGCGCGGUACCCGACCGCCGAGGAAGAGGUUGUCAUGACGGUGUUGUCGGUCAACCACGGCGCAAAGGGCAUCGUGAUGUGGAAUUACCCGGCCACGCCGGAGCUGGAGGGUAUGACGAGCAAGUUGGCUGGUGUGUUUACUAACGAAGCUGCGGUAGAGUUCUUGCUUGGCACGGAGAGGACGCAGGAUCUUGCUGUUGAGGGUGCGAAGAGGGUUGAUGCGGCGGUGUGGGUUGAUGAAGCGAAGAAGCAGGUGCUUGUCAGUGUAGUCAAUCUGAGUUAUGAUGAGAUUUCGGGCGAGAUCAGAGUUGUUUUGCCGGAUGGAGUGGAGGUUGGCGAGGUUGUUGAGGUGCUUUGGGGCGAUGUUGCUUGGGAGAUGGUUGAUGGGAGUUUGGUUGCCACGGAAGGGUUGCUUGGCCUGCAGACUUCGGUGUUUAUUACCGCUUUACUCUGA